AUGAAAGUAAGCGGAGGCUUGGUUAGUAUAACUCAGAAUCCACGUGCUCGAGCAAAGUUCUUCUUGAUUACCCCAGAACUUUCCCGAUUGGCCAAGCAAGCCAAAGAAAUAGCAGGGGUUUCUGUCAAGAUACAAGACCAACACCACAACCUUUCACUCGCUGUGUUAUCCCGGGAAGAGAACAACGUCAGUAAGCUGACCGCCACAAUUGCAAGCUACACCAAUCCCUUUACUCAGCCAGAAUAUUCCCUCUUUAAUCUCGUAACUGAAGUAGUGAUGCCCGAAGAAGUUAAACGUGACCUCUGUGCGCAGAGUACUGAAGGAGCUAAACUUCUCAGAGCUUUUGUCACAGAACGCAUUCAAAAAGAAAACGAAAACCUGUGGUCGCCGAUGAAAAAGCGCAGUCUUCUAACCUGGAAAUCAACCUCUAAAAAGACAAAUAUCACUGUUAACCUUGAAGGUUGUGGAGUUACAGAAAGACCGCUGUUUGUUUGCUCGCAUGAUGGUAGAGUGUCCAAGUCUAGACCAGAAUUUAACCAGCAAGAAGCCAUAGGUACGUUGGAGUUUUCCCUGGUGCCCAGAUCACUUUUGCGGCAGAUGGGACGAUGUUCCAUUGCUCAACCUAAAGUGCACUAAUGAGCUUAAUCGAAAAAGAAGGACCAACAGUCUCCUCAGGUGAUGUGCCACCAGAAGCAUCAGUGGUGAGAAAGAAGGUUGUCAUUGCAGAUGGAAUGGCACAGCUACAGUUAUUUGAUAAACCCGCCAUCAUAACAACCUGUACUCAUCAAGCUGAACAUUUUACAGAACGGGUUCUCAAUAAGUACAGUCACAGCGAUGAAUUACACCUGGUCUUCGAAAGAUAUGACAUUCCCCUUUUUCUUAAGUCUGCUACUCGAGUACGAAGGCAAGACAAUCAACAUCCAGUCUACUACCGGAUAACGGACUCCACUCACAUUGCUAAGGUAACCAUGAAGCGUCUGCUCUCUCACGAAAAACCCAAGAUGGAAUUGACCGACCGAACGAGUGUCGAUGUGGCCUGGGGAAACAACUGUCAAGCAACACACCGAGAUGUAACUUACCUAAGAAGCAGUCAGGAAGAGGCGGACACAAAGAUGAUACUCCACGCUGUUGCCACUGCGACCAAUGGAGCAACACAAAUAAACUUCUAUUCCCCAGACACUAAUGUCAUUAUCCUUUCUUUAUGA